AUGCCCUCACUGGAGCUGAACGGAGUUGCAGUGAAUUUCCCUUUUCCUCCAUAUGACUGUCAGAAAGACUACAUGACCAAAGUGCUGGAAUGUCUUCAGAAGAGGCAGAAUGGGGUUCUGGAGAGUCCAACGGGAACCGGUAAAACUCUCUGUCUGCUGUGCGCCACGCUGGCAUGGAGGGAGCACUUCAGGGACACCAUCUCUGCUCGAAAGAUCGCCGACCGGCUGAAAGGGGAGGAGAUGUUUCCAAAUGCGCCCCUCGCCUCCUGGGGGACGACGGCGACUGACGGUGACAAACCAAUGUACUACACUGAUGUUCCCAAGAUCAUCUACGCUUCCAGGACGCACUCUCAGCUCACACAGGUUAUUAGUGAGUUAAAGAACACUUCAUACAGGCCGAAGGUGUGUGUGUUGGGCUCCAGAGAGCAGCUCUGUAUAAACCAGGAAGUCAUGCGUCAGGAGAGCAACCACGUCAAGGUCCACAUGUGCAGAGCUAAAAUUUCCACCAGGUCGUGUCCCUACUACAACAACGUUGAAGAGAGGAGCACUGACAGAGAUUUAGUGAAUUCUAUCCUCGACGUGGAAGAUUUGGUGAAAUUUGGCAUCAAGCAGAGGGCCUGUCCGUACUUCCUCACUCGAUCCCUGAAGCAGCAGGCGGACAUCAUUUUCAUGCCGUACAACUACCUGCUGGAUCCAAAGAGCCGUAGAGCGCACAACAUCGAGCUGAACGGAGCGGUGGUCAUCUUUGAUGAAGCUCACAACGUGGAGAGGACGUGCGAGGAGUCCACGUCCUUUGACCUGACGCCCUACGACGUGGCUUCGGCCAUCUCCGCCGUGGACCGGCUCCUGGUGGAGCAGGCGAAAGAAGUCCACCGCGGCGUCGCCGAAGACUUCAACGUAGAAUCCCUCGGCUCUGGUUUAAAACUGGACUUAGCCACUGUUGCUAAAAUCAAACAGAUCCUGCUGGACCUGGAAGCUGCCGUCGAUUCCUACGAUGUUCCGAGCGACAGAGGCGUCACGAAGCCCGGGAUCUUCAUCUACGAGCUGCUGGAGAGAGCCCACCUGACGUACCAAACCAAGACGGCGGUGUACGACGCUCUGGAGCAGAUCAUCCUGCACUUAGCUGGACAACCAGGAGUGUUCCUCAGUACGAGCGGACUGCAGAAGCUGGCUGACAUUAUCCAGCUGGUGUUCUGUGGAGAACCUCCAGAACCGGAGCGACAGAAGCAGAUGGAGUUCAACACGACUCACUUUAAGGUUCACAUCCAUCGUGACACCAGCUCUUACAAGAAGAAACCGACCACCGAUCUGUGGGCGUCGUCUUCAUCCAAGAAACAAGGAAACAUCCUGAGCUACUGGUGCUUCUCUCCGGGCUUCAGCAUGCAGGAUCUUCUGAAUCAGGGCGUCCGCUGCAUCGUUCUCACCAGUGGGACCCUCUCACCUCUGUCCUCCUUCACCUCAGAGAUGAGGAUAAAAUUCCCCGUGCUCCUGGAGAACGGUCACGUGAUCGGUCGGGACCAGAUCUUCGUGAGCGUCGUUGACCGAGGUCCAGACGGAGUUCAUCUGAGUUCAGCGUUCGACCGCAGGUUUAUUCCUGAGAACAUGGCGUCUUUAGGCAACACUGUUGCCAACCUGAGCCGUGUGGUUCCUCACGGCCUCCUGGUGUUUUUUCCUUCCUUCCCUUUGAUGGAGAAGACUCUGGAGUUCUGGAGAGCCAACGGUCACGCCAAUCGCAUUGAGAACAUAAAGCCCAUGUUUGUGGAACCCAAAGGGAAGGGAAGCUUUAACGAGGUCAUGGACGGUUUUUACAGUAAAGUUACCGACCCGACGUCGAAAGGAGGGAGCUUCUUCGCCGUGUGUCGAGGGAAGGCCAGCGAGGGUUUGGAUUUCGCCGACACCUUCGGUCGAGGCGUCAUCAUCACCGGCCUUCCAUUUCCUCCCAAACUGGACCCCCGAGUCGUCCUGAAGAUGCAGUUCUUGGAUGAAAUGUGCCGAAGGAAAGCUCCUGGGAUGAAGUUUCUGUCGGGGCAGGAGUGGUACCGGCAGCAGGCGUUCAGAGCCGUGAACCAGGCCAUCGGCAGAGUGAUCCGCCACAAGGAGGACUACGGAGCCAUCUUCCUGUGUGAUCAGAGAUUUAAAAGCUCUGACGCUCGGGCGAACCUCCCGUCCUGGGUCAGGCCUUACGUGCGCCUGUACGACGGCUUUGGGAACGUGGUUCGUGACGUCUCGCAGUUCUUCAGGGUCGCUCAGAAAAUAAGGCCCGUGGCCGUAAAGACGCCAGCAGCCGAAGCCUCUGCAGCCGAAGCCUCUGCAGCCGAGUGUUUAGCUGAAGCCUCCAGCUUCUCCUCCUGCUCCUCCUCUGGAAGCUGCUACGCCCAGAAGGCCACAGUCCUGGACGUUCACCUUCCGAGCCUGAAGAGGAGACGAGUCGAUGAAAACGGUGGCGCCAGCGGGAUCGCUAAAAUCUGUAUCGACUACGAGUCCGAGGUUCAGGUGAGUCGGAGGAAACCGGCCAACCUGCUGGAUGCUCUGGAUAGAGGUGACCGUUGCCAUGGAGACCAUGCUGCCGGAGACGACCAGGACAACCGUCUGUCCACGCUGUCCCUGCAGCACGAGAAGAGGAUGGAGGACGAACUCCGAGGAGGGAAACGCAAAAUAAAGCUGGUCCAGGAGCAGAAGCUGAGCGUCUUGGAGGACGUGUCGAAGGACGACAAAGACGGCAGGGCCCGGCAGUUCCUGGAGGACAUGAAGACGUCUCUGAGCAAGGAGAACUUCGACCGGAUCGUCCAGGCUCUGCAGACCUACAAGAAGUCCGACCGCCUGGACCUGCUGCUGACCGAGACCCACGUCCUGUCCGAAGACGAGAACACCCACGGCCUGCUCCGAGGUUUUUAUCAGUUCCUGCGGCCGCAUCACAAGAAGAGCUUCGACGAGAAGUGCCGGGAGCUGACGGGGCGGGGCUGCGGCUACAAGCCGGAUCACUCGCUGUCCAAGGACGAGAAGAAAGCUGUGAUCCUGCAGAGCGGUUCUGCUCCAAAGAACCAAGUCCACUCUGCUUUCCUGGCCGAUGUGAAAUCGGCCCUCGGAGCAGAAAAGACGUCUCGGCUCUUCCAGGCCGUCCACGGCUACAAGAAGACGGACAGCUACGAGGACCUGGUGACCACGGUGGUGAGCUUGUUCACGGAGCGGGACGAGGACUUCCACCUGCUGAUCAGGUUCGGGAUGUUCGUUCGCCCUCAUCACAAGAAGCGGUAUGAGGAGAUGCUGGACGCUCUGAUUGGUCAGCCCGGUUCAGCUGCUGAGGUUCUGAACGAGGAGCAGCAACAACAAAAACAACAAGGUGAAGAUCGAAAACAGCUAAACAUGCGGCUCGGUCAGGACCAGUGA